GGACCGUGGUGAACUGUGGAGACCAAAAGCGCUUUGUGUUGUUGGUGGGUGAUUCACGUUUGCCUAUAAAUAGACACGGAAAAUCCCCUCUGUUUCUCCCCAUCGCAAAAUCCUCUCAUUUUUUAGCAUUUCCGACAAUCUCUCUGUUCAUAUCCAAAUCUCAUCCAAUUUUUCACCCCAUCAGAAACCCAAAAAAAACCUUGAAUUGAAUUUCAUCAUCAACAUCAUGAAAGUAACUCCGGCAGUAAUGGACGUUGUCGACGAGAGACUUUCCGGCGAAUUGCAGCAGCCGGCAGCCGACGUUUACAUAAUAACCUCCGGCGGAGUUCGCAUCCCGGCCCAAUCUACCGUUCUUGCGGCUUCUUCCCCUGUUUUGGAAAGCAUAAUUGAUCGGCCGACAAAGCACCGGAGUUCGGAGAAAUCUAUUCCGAUUCUCGGUGUACCCUGUGACGCCGUUUCCGUGUUCGUUGAGAUUCUAUACUCCUCCAAAUGCAAUGAGGAGCAAAUGGAGAAGUACGGAGUUCAUUUGCUGGCUUUAUCCCAUGUGUAUUUGGUGCCUCAUCUGAAACAGAGUUGCAUCAAAGGGCUAGCUAAGCGGCUGACGAUUGAGAAUGUGGUGGAUGUGCUCCAAUUGGCGCGAUUGUGCGACGCGCCAGAUCUUUAUCUCAGGUGUAUGAAACUUCUGUCGAGUAAUUUCAAGGCUGUUGAGGAGACUGAAGGUUGGAAGUUCCUCCAGCAGCAUGAUCCUUGGCUCGAAUUGGAUAUCUUGCAGUUCAUGGAUGAAGCCGAAUCGAGGAAGAAGAGGAGUAGGAGGCACAGACAAGAGCAGAGCUUGUAUUUGCAGCUAAGUGAAGCAAUGGAGUGUCUGGAGCAUAUAUGUACAGAAGGCUGCACGAUUGUAGGACCUUAUGACAUGCAGCCCGGAACGAAGAAAGAGCCUUGCAGCAAGUUUUCGACUUGUCAAGGUUUACAGCUUCUCAUCAAACAUUUCGCCACCUGUAAGAAAAGGGUCAAUGGCGGGUGCGUUAGAUGCAAAAGGAUGUGGCAGCUCUUGAGGUUACACUCUUCAAUUUGUGAAGAAUCAGAUGAAUGCAAAGUUCCCCUUUGCAGGUAAAUUCUUUGAACUUUCUAAAAUGGUCCAAAGAUCUUUAUUCUGCAGUGGGGUCCUAAGUUAAGCACACUUGUAGCAUUCAGUUAGCACAAAAAGGUUCAUUGUGUGGAAUUUGGACACUUUUAUGGUUUGGUGGACAUUCAAUCAUUUUACAAGCUGUCUUGUAGGUCACCUUCUUGUUGCUUUCCGUAUAGUUUUUUAAUUAUGAUUUGUUCAUAUCUUUUUUAGUUUGUUUUUUUUUCGUCUUUGGAUACUAGCAAUCACAUAACCUAAUUUUUCAGAUGGUUAGGCACUAUUUUGACAAUACUUUGUCCUGAUAGUGAAACCCUUUCUAAAAUUUGGUUUUUAGUUUUUUUUUUCAUCUUUGGAUACUAGCAAUCACAUAACCAAUUUUUCAGAUAGUUAGGCGCUAUAUUUGACAGUACUUUGUCCUGAUAGUGAAUCCCUUUCGAAAAUUUGGUUGCAUCUUGUGUUGGUUGAUUGUGUCAUACUUUACUUUUGCUGCUUUUGAACAAUGUGAAGAUUUGUGGUCCAAAAAUGUUCAUUAAUACUUCUUUUCCUCAACAUCUGAUCAUUUGUGAAAUGAUUCUGUUUACAGGCAAUUCAAGUUAAAGGCGCAACUAGCAAAGAAAAAGGAAGAUGCGAGAUGGAAAAUACUAGUGAAAAAAGUAGUUGCUGCGAAGGUUUUGUCGUCGCUGUCGCUAGCAAAAAGGAAGAGAGAAGAGGAACCAACAAUGAACCAUACUCAUCCAGGCAUAAGAAGCUUUAAAUUAUGAUGUCAAAGCAGAAAAUGAGGAACAAAUAGUCCUUAGUUUUAUGCUAGUAAUUUGAAGUUAAAAGUAUUUAUUUUUUAUUUUGGGGGGUCAAAGCUACUAGUGGUUGGUAUUCUUUGUAAAUGUAAAUGAGUUAAAUGUAGUUGGUUGCAAUAUUAGUCGGCUCAAUUAAUGGUCCUGCUGCUCGACAAUAGAAAAACGCCAUUUUUUUGGCGUAAUGGUUUUGCAAUGAAACGAGUGGGUCCAAUUCAGUUUACUUUCUUACAUUAAGAAUUUUAUUAGGUGAUUGUGAGAAAUUUCUUCCGAUGCCUUAACUAAAAUAGUAAAUUGGGACGGAGGGAGUAUAACAGAUCACAAAUGUCUCUUGAUUAUAUUAGAUUGUUGUUUCAAACAUUUACAAGUUACCUUUUUUUCAAAUGG